AUGGGUAAAACUUAUUUCGUCACAGGUGUUAAUCGUGGUAUUGGAUUCGAAAUUGUGAAACAAUACCUUGAAUUAGAUUCAACGAAUGUUGUCAUUGGUACUGUUCGUGAUCCAUCAAAAGCUAUUGAAUUACAAGAAUUAUCCAAAAAACAUAAAGGUCAAUUACAUAUCAUUCAAUUAGAAAUUAGUGAUCCAAAUUCAAUCAAAUCAAUUGAUGAUCAAAUUGAAUCAAUUGUUGGUGAAACUGGUAUUGAUGUUUAUAUUGCAAAUGCUGGAUAUUCAGGUAAAGGUUCAUCAAAGGCAAUCUUAGAAUUAGAAAGACAAAUUUGGAUUAAUCAUUAUAUUGUUAAUGUUCUUGGUCCAAUUGAAGUUUUAAAACAAAUUAAACCAUACUUAUUACUCAACCCAACAAGACAAAUCAUUUUAGUUUCAAGUAUUGCAGGUUCACUAAGUCAAAAUAAUUCAAUUUCUUCAGGUCCAUAUGGUCAAAAUAAAGCAUCGUUAAAUCAUGUUUCAAUCACAUUAUCACAUGAAUUAUCACCAGAUGGAUUCACUGUGGUUGCAAUUCAUCCAGGUCUUGUUGAUACUGAUAGUUGUAAAGCAAUUUUAGAUGAAUUUGUUGAAUAUAAACCUGAAUUGAAACAAGUAUUAGAAACUUUACCAUUAGAUCAUAUUUCACCAGAAACAAGUGUUAAAAAUUUGAUUAAAAAUGUGUUUGAACCUUUGAAAAAAGAACAAAAUGGUAAAUUUUUAAACUAUGAUGGUACUGAAUUACCAUGGUGA